AUGAAAAAUGAAAUAGUAUAUGGAACGGCAUUUGUUUUGUUCCUUGUUAGCUACUGUUUCCAGCCUUUACUCAUAGACAUUAUAAAGUACAAUGGGUGCGGCAAUUCGAGCACCUUUAUAUUUCUUUUACCGCACUACCUGUCCAUGAUAGUUGUGGGAUUCCUACCGAAGAAGCAGAAAUUAACUGAAUGCAAAUGGAUGAAGAUAUUUUUUGUUUCCAUCCUGGAUUUAGUAAAUCAAGUAUUGAAAAAAAUUGGCCUAAUAUAUGCAGGCUCCGCUCUGUACAUAAUAAUUGAUAGCUGCACGUUAAUCUUCACGGCAAUAUGGAGGAGAAUACUGCUGAACAAAAAGAUCAACUGUUUUCAGUUGCUUGGGAUUUUGUUAAUAACAUUUGGCAUAGCCAUAAAAUCGAAUAAUCUCAAAUUGGAAAUUAACAAGGAAGAAAUUAUUGGAGUUAUUUUAAUUAUACUAAGUAAUGUACUCAUGGGUUUAACAUUUGUACUCAAUGAAAAGUACAUGGGGGAAAUGGAAGGACAGAACAUUGUAUGUUUAAUGGGUAUAUUCAGCUUCUGCAUUGUUAGUCUGUGGACAGCCAUAUGGACUAUGCCCAACUUUGAUCAUCUCAUUAUGAAGAAUAUAAGGAAGAAGAAGGGAAAUGUUAAUACCAUUUGGCUCAGUUUUUUGGGGCUCUUUGUUUUCAAUUUCAUCACGUCGUCCACCCUGUGGUAUAUCAUGAAGAUUAGUGGCUCACUGACCGUUGGAAUUCUCAAGGGACUCAAAGUCGCCAUUAUUUUUCUUUUCAGUCAUAUUUUUUUUUGUAAAUAUGAUGCCAAACAAUGUCUCAAUUACCACUCUUCCCUUUCAGUUUUUUUUUGUAUUUUGGGGGUACUUAUAUAUUCGUACAACGAAUUUUUCUUGAUCCUUAUGAGCAAGGUCUAUUUGUACUGGCGGCCUAAAGUGAUUGUCUAG